AUGAAUUACCCUCAGGAACCGGGAGACUUCCCGGUCUCAUCUCAGAAUUACGGGAUGAUAUUGGACUACAUGCUCGACCCAGAGAACCCCUGGAACGGAUUCAAUCACGAUAGUGCUCAAUUCAACAACCAACACGUAACCCCUAUACAUGCCUCGGCCUACCCCGUGUGCAGAAGCGCCGCUAUCUCGGAUUAUGGCACGAAUCCGACCUCAGACUCGGGCUAUGUUAGCUUAUCUAUGGGCCUACCUCCAGACUCCCUCGGAGGAGAAAGCAUCUUAGAUCCGUCCUUCCACGCCUUGGACUCUAGACUCGAUCAGUUUGGGGCUACUGUCUCUACAGCCUCCCGAUUCGCAAAACUCCCUCGCUCGGGUAUUCCGCAGUCUGCUACCGUAUCGGAGGCCGGCGCACAGUUAAUCUGCGAAGUGUGCAGCAAGCCCUGCCAGAGCAAGGCAACACUCAAGUGCGUCUUCCCCUGUGAUGCUGCUUAUCACUGCGACUAA